UCCAACCUACCCCUCUCUUAACCACCCAAAAUCCCAUCUUUCUCUUUUGUCAUAUCCUUCACCACUCUCCCUCUUCUACCCCCGUAAUUCACCAAACUUCUCUUGCCCUUCCCCAGCCCCUUUCUCAUUAAUUUUCCGGGAAUAAACCCCCCAUUACCCUUAACAAUUUACCCGCCAAAACAAAUAAAUUCCCGACUUUUCAAAUUUUCCUACUCUUCAUUUUCUUGCAAACUCCAAACUCAAUUCGGCUACCGACGAAACCCUACUUUCCUCCUGAAUUCUGGGGGGUUUUCUCGCUUGAACGCUUUGUUUAUUGUGUUUUUGGGCAAUAUCCAUGCCGUUUCUUGGCUUUUUGAAGCUUUCUCAAUUGUGUUUUUGGUCAUUUGGGUUUUGAGCUAGGUUUCAAGUUCUUUUUUUUUAAUCCAGCUGAAGUUGUCGAAACUAAAUGUUUUCUUUAGCGACAUGGAUGUUUCCUGCUUGGCUUCAUUGUUCACCAUUAAAGAAGUGAAAGGUAUGCAUUGACAUAGAUGGAAAAUCUGUCUCCCUGACUUUGGGUUGUGUUCUGCAGGCUGAGUUAGUUGUGUUGUUCCUGUACUGUGAUUGAUUUAUUCAAUGGCUAACCAUGAUCUGAUUCUUGGACAAAGCCACAAUUUAGCAUUGGGGAAGAAUCAGCCACUGUUGCUUGAUCAUAAUCAUAAUUUGGGCCUCACCCAGAACCAUGAUUUGGAAUUAGGACAAGCACAUGAACGUCAUUUAGGCUUGCGGCAGGCCCAUGAUCAUGACCUAGGUUUAGGGUAUUCUCAUGACCAUGAAUUGGAUUUAGGACAGAGCCACGAUCAAGAAGGGGAAGUUGGUCACAGUUAUGGGCAUGAUAAUGAGUUAGCUACUGAUCAAAAACCUGACCUGGGUGACCAUGAGUUGGCUUUAUCAGAGAAUAAUGAAUUGGCUGUUUCAGAAAACCAAGAGCUUGAUGAUAAUCUGGAAUUGGCUGUGGAUGACAACCAGGAGAUGGGAAUUGAUCCUGCCCAAGAUUUGCAGCACUCCCUGACUGUAGUUAGUCUCCCUCCUGUCCUUCAGAUUCGGAAUUCAAAUCCAAGUUAUGAUUUGUCAGUUGGGCAAGAGUUCCCUGAUGUCAUAAGCUGCCGCAGGGCAUUGAGGGAUGCAGCUAUUGCCCUUCAUUUUGAAAUGCAAACCAUAAAAUCUGACAAGACUCGUUUCACUGCCAAAUGUGCGAGUGAGGGAUGUCCCUGGCGUAUUCACGCUGCAAAGCUCCCUGGCGUUCCAACAUUCACAAUCAGAACUAUCCAUGAGACUCAUACAUGUGGAGGGAUUUCUCAUCUUGGCCAUCAACAAGCCUCUGUGCAGUGGGUGGCAAACACUGUGGAGCAGCGGUUAAGGGAGAACCCUAACUACAAGCCAAAGGAGAUAUUAGAAGAGAUUCACCGGGCUCACGGAAUCACCUUAUCUUACAAGCAAGCAUGGCGUGGCAAGGAGCGUAUUAUGGCUGCUAUGCGUGGGUCUUUUGAGGAAGGGUAUCGCUUACUCCCUCAGUAUUGUGAACAGGUUAAGCGGAAAAAUCCGGGGAGUAUUGCAUCUGUCUAUGGAAACCCGACAGACAACUGUUUCCAGCGUCUUUUCAUAUCAUUUCAGGCCUCGAUUUAUGGUUUUCUGAAUGCUUGUCGACCACUCCUUGGGUUAGAUAGGACAUUUUUGAAAAGUAAGUAUCUUGGAAUUUUGCUUCUUGCUACCGGUUUUGAUGGUGAUGGUGCUUUGUUUCCUCUAGCAUUUGGUAUUGUUGAUGAGGAAAAUGAUGACAACUGGAUGUGGUUUCUCUCUGAACUCCAUAACCUGCUUGAAAUUAAUACAGAAAACAUGCCAAGGCUUACAAUUUUGUCUGACAGACAGAAGGGCGUUGUAGAUGGUGUUGAAGCAAAUUUUCCUACUGCUUUUCAUGGAUUUUGCAUGCGUCACUUGAGUGAAAGUUUUCGAAAGGAAUUCAAUAAUAAUAUGCUUGUCAACCUUCUAUGGGAAGCUGCUCAUGCCCUGACUGUAAUUGAAUUUGAAGCAAAGAUUCUUGAGAUUGAAGAGGUAUCACAAGAUGCUGCAUUUUGGAUCCGACGAAUCCCACCUCGGUUAUGGGCAACAGCUUAUUUUGAAGGCACACGGUUUGGUCAUCUAACAGCAAACAUAAUUGAAUCACUGAAUUCUUGGAUUUCAGAAGCUUCAGGGCUACCAAUAAUUCAGAUGAUGGAAUGCAUUAGGAGGCAGCUUAUGACUUGGUUCAAUGAACGGCGAGAGACAAGUAUGCAAUGGACAUCAAUACUUGUGCCUUCUGCUGAAAGAUGUGUUGCAGAGGCCCUUGAACGUGCACGCACAUAUCAGGUGCUUCGUGCUAAUGAAGCUGAAUUUGAAGUUAUUUCUCAUGAAGGGACAAAUAUUGUGGACAUUCGCAAUCGCUGUUGCCUUUGUCGUGGCUGGCAGUUGUAUGGUUUGCCCUGUGCACAUGCUGUGGCAGCACUUCUUUCAUGCAGGCAGAAUGUUCAUCGGUUUACGGAGAGCUGCUUCACUGUAGCAACAUAUCGGAAGACCUAUUCUCAAACCAUUCAUCCGAUUCCAGAUAAGAGUCUAUGGAAAGAGAUGUCUGAGGGGGAUCCAAAUGCCAGCAAAUCUACUGAAGUUAUCAUCUAUCCACAGGAUCCAAAUGCCAACAAAUCUAAUGAAGUUAUCAUCUAUCCACGGGAUCCAAAUGCCAGCAAAGCUACUGAAGUUAUCAUCUACCCACCAAAAUCACUUAAGCCACCUGGUCGACCACGAAAGAAGCGAGUUCGAGCAGAAGAUGGUGGCCGUGUGAAGCGGGUUGUGCAUUGUAGCCGUUGCAAUCAGACAGGUCAUUUUAGAACAACAUGUGCAGCACCAAUUUAAGUUCUAAUUUUGUGGAAAGUUGAUUUGCUGCUAUAGAACCUGGGUAUGUCCCAUAUCCCAUCUGUGCAAAAGGAUUCUUGCUUUCUUUUUUGUUGUUCAUGUAGUAAUUAUUAGGUAUUAGAUUUGCACGCAAAUGCUUUGUUCAAUUUCUGUCAUUUAUGUGAAUUAUGCCCUGCAUCAGCUAUCCACUGUCCUAUAUGAAUGUACCCUUCAAUAAUAUUACAUAUAAUUAUUUAAGAUUUCUCUCAUGAUUGUAGCUCUUAAGACUAUUUUUCUCUAAAUCCCAUUUGCUUAUGUAUGUUAUCUCUUCUUGUUGACAGUCCCAAACAUAUUCUUUUCUGAGCCAAAAUUACAUUUUCUAUAUAACAAGCAUGCUUGAACUGACUCGAAAAAGAGAUGUUCUGAUGAAGCCAAAGAAACCCUUAUCGUUCAAAAAUAAAAAGAAAAAAGAAAAUGGGUUUCUUACCAAUUAUGCCAUUUCAUGGGGGAAUAUUUAUGAAUUAUUAGAGUAUAAAAAAUGGCGGCGAGCUUUGGAAUAAUGUUAAGGUUGUUCUUUUUGUGAUCGGAAAAUUAGGAGUUUGAGUUUUGAAAGUAGCUUUUAUGCAAAAAAAAUGCAGAAAAAAAGUUGCGUAUUAUGGAUUUUCAUCCAAAUCCUCGCCAAGCGGAGAGCCUUGU